AAUUGUGGUUUUGAGGUGUGGCAUAUAGAAGGUGAUCCUAAAGAAUUCAGAUGAAUUACGAAAAUCCUCCUCCUUACCCUGGGCCGCCUCCAUCUGCUCCAUACCCACCGCAACCGUAUGCUCCAGGACCUAAUCCGGCUUAUCCUGGAACAAAUGCAUCUUAUCCUGGCUACCCUCCAGGCCAGUACCCACCACCACCACAGCCAGGCUAUCAAGGCUACCCACAGUAUGGUUGGCAGAAUGCUCCUCCACCUCCAGGACCAGUUUAUGGAGAGCCACCUAAAAACACAGUGUAUGUUGUUCAAGUAAGACAGGAUACUUCUGGUGAAACUACCUGCCUAACAGCCUGCUGGACUGCUCUUUGUUGCUGCUGCCUUUGGGACAUGCUAACUUAAGUCUUUCUUGGA